UAAAUGUUGUCCGUGUUGAAACCCCGGAAAGCCAUAGUGAUAUCAUGUCCAAACGUUCCUUAUCCUUUCCCAGCCGGCAUCGUGUCCUCCUCUACGGCCCAGCAUAAGAAAUAUCCUCCUACCUAGUAAUCAUCUGACCGAAUCAACUCGGUCACCCCAGGAACUCUCCACUGCUAUUCAUAUCGAAUGAUGAUGUCGACUCCCACUCUCCCUGCUAAGCCGCUGUUUCACUCUCAUCUCCCUGCAAAACGAGGAUUGCUGAGGUUCAGAAAGGAUCAGAGACGUGCAUUUACAUCGAGGACGAGGAUUAAGAUGCUUAAGCAGCAGGAUCCGGGAGCCCCGAAUGGCGCUGAUGGAUCCGGCAUACCACUCUACCUUGGGAUAGACUUUGGAACUUCAGGAGCCAGAUAUGCUCUUAUUGACAAGCAAGGGGCUAUCCAUGCCGAAGGAAAAAGAGCUUAUGCACCUGUCGGCGACGCCACAGACAGGGCAAGCUCCUGGAGAGAAGCUCUCUUCCACCUUCUCAGUGACAUCCCACCCGUUCACCGGCCAUCCAUCUCCUCCAUCUCCAUAGACGGGACCUCGGCAACCACGCUCAUCGUCGACAGGAAGAACGGAGAGCUCGUCGCCGGCCCAUUCCUCUACAACGAGAGCUUCCCGGGCGCGCUGCCCGCCGUCGAGUCGAUCGCCCCCACGAAUCACACGGUGUGUUCCGGCUCGUCCACCCUGUGCAAGCUCGUGUCAUGGUGGAGCUCGGAGGGCUCGAGUGGCGGCGCCGAUUCGGCGGUGCUGAUGCACCAGUCGGACUGGCUCCUCUGGCUUUUGCAUGGCCAGUAUGGCGUUUCUGAUUACAACAACACUCUCAAGGUAGGCUAUGAUCCAGAGAUCGACUCCUAUCCUAGCUGGUUGAUGUCACAACCGUACUCACACAUGUUGCCUUCUGUCAGAGCACCUGGAGCUCCCAUUGCUACAGUCAAAGAAGAUGUGCGCUCGCAAUACGGAUUUUCCAAAAACUGUGUUGUCUGUACUGGAACUACAGACAGCAUAGCUGCUUUUCUUGCAGCCCGCACCACUGGACCAGGAAGAGCUGUGACAUCACUGGGCUCAACUCUGGCGAUCAAGCUUGUUAGCAAAAUUCGCGUCGAUGACGCGAGGUUCGGCGUGUACAGCCAUCGCCUGGACGAUACAUGGCUCGUCGGCGGUGCGUCGAAUACUGGGGGAGCCGUCCUCCGUCAGCUUUUCACCGAUGACCAGCUUGUUGCACUAAGCAAGAACGUUGACCCAUCAGUUCCAUCCCCUCUUGACUAUUAUCCCCUGACUAAGAAAGGAGAAAGAUUUCCGGUCUCCGACCCCAACAUGAUGCCGAGGUUGCAGCCGCGCCCCGAGAGCGACGCGGAGUAUCUGCACGGGAUACUGGAAUCGAUUGCGCGAAUUGAGGCCAAGGGGUACAAUCUGCUGAAGGAGCUCGGCGCGACGGCGGUGGAGGAAGUGCUCACGGCGGGAGGAGGAGCGCAGAAUGAAAAGUGGACAGCGAUUCGGGGUAGGGUGCUCGGCGUGCCCGUCCGGAAGGCAGAACAGACCGAGGCCGCAUAUGGAGCUGCAUUGCUUGCGCUCAAGGGCACAAGUAGCUAGUACGCGCUAAUGACAGAUUCGGAGACUUCGCUCAUGUUUGAUAGACCUCCGGCUCUAUGAUCAUACAGAAUUUAAAGUUUAUAUAAUAAAAUAAAAUAGUUGAAAUA